AUGAGCGGUCAUAGGUACGACCAGAUGUUCGAAAAUAAUCAGGCAUUUAAACCAGCGCGGGGUUACGGAGUGCCUGAUUACCGUCCUCCCGAGUCGCGUCUUCAAUAUAAAGUCGACCUCAUGUUUGAGAUGGAUAUAUUCGCGAAUCUUAUCACCGCCGAAUAUAAAUUUCGGCAAACACUUCAAAGAAUGGAGAACCUCAAGGAGAAUAUACGGGCGUUAGAAAAGGUCCCAGAGGACCUAGAAGACUUUGAAGAGAAGAAACAACUUCAACAAUACCACGAACAGCUAGAGACUGUCAAGCGAGAACACAGAAAGAAUGAGCAAACCCUGUUUGCCGAGGAAUCAAUGCUCCCACCGGGGCCCUUGAAACAAGACUACGAUGCGACCAGACAAGACCCAACAUGGUAUCUUCGGAAGCAGCUGGUCGAGGACUGCAUUGGCCGAGGUGGCUGCUGCGCCCGUGACUGUGACUGUUGCGAAGAUCGUGCACCCGCUCAAUUUAAGAAAGGGGUUGGGCACUGUACAGCUGGUUGUGGCUGUUGUGCAAGCGAGAGAGGAUUUGAACAUACGGCCGAAGAGGUGCAAGAGGCUGUAGAUCAGCUCGACUCAAUGCUUCGAUCCCGUAAUCCGUCAUAUGUUAUCAAGAUGGCAGAGGCUUAUUUUGUGAAGCCGCGGCAGGGGGAAAAAGUAGAGAAGAAAAAGGAACGGGAGAAAAAGGCACGGGAGGAAAAGGCAUGGGAGGAAAGGGUACAGAGGGAAAAGGCACAGGCACAGGCAGAGGCACAGGCACGGGCAAAAAAGGCACAGGCAGAAAAGGCACAGGCAGAAAAGGCACAGGCAGAAAAGGCACAGGCAGAAAAGGCACAGGCAGAAAAGGCACAGGCAGAAAAGGCACAGGCAGAAAAGGCACAGGCAGAAAAGGCACAGGCAGAAAAGGCACAGGCAGAAAAGGCACAGGCAGAAAAGGCACAGGCAGAAAAGGCACAGGCAGAAAAGGCACAGGCAGAAAAGGCACAGGCAGAAAAGGCACAGGCAGAAAAGGCACAGGCAGAAAAGGCACAGGCAGAAAAGGCACAGGCAGAAAAGGCACAGGCAGAAAAGGCACAGGCAGAAAAGGCACAGGCAGAAAAGGCACAGGCAGAAAAGGCACAGGCAGAAAAGGCACAGGCAGAAAAGGCACAGGCAGAAAAGGCACAGGCAGAAAAGGCACAGGCAGAAAAGGCACAGGCAGAAAAGGCACAGGCAGAAAAGGCACAGGCAGAAAAGGCACAGGCAGAAAAGGCACAGGCAGAAAAGGCACAGGCAGAAAAGGCACAGGCAGAAAAGGCACAGACAGAAAAGGGAGCGGAGGUAAAAGUACAGGAGAUAGAAGUACAAGAGGAAAAGGGACAAAAGAAAAAAGUGCAUUGGUGGAAGCAAAUCUUUUAA